ACACUGGUAUAUACAAUUAGCGUCCACGACAAGUCGAGUCACACUGUGGAACAGGAGGUGGCAGUGGUGAGCGUCAAAGCCGAGUACCAAGCGCCGUCAAACCCAGAGAAGAAGAAUCGGGAGCCAGCGGUCAACACAGUCACCUGAACUAAGCUAACGGAGGCUAGCAGGUUAGGCUAGCCCGUCCCGGGAGGUUUGUCCGUUGGGAAGAUGGCCGUCAUCCGUAUGCUGUUUUCCCUCCUUAACAACGCCCGCGUCAUCGAGAAGCUGUCCGAGUCUCGUCCCAUCCGCAGAGCGGCCCAGAUCGCCGCCUACGCCAUCACCAAAGCCCAGAUCGUCGGACGGGACACCUCGGAGCGGGUGUUGAGGUCCGACACGCUGCGGCAGGUGCGCCGGGAAACCGAGAAGAUCCCCGGGGACGUGGGAGAGAUGGGGACCCGCAUGAAGAGAGUCGGAGACACGUUUUUCAAAGAGGUGAAGGAGGGACUAAGGGACGGCUCAAGGCGGAUCAAGAAGUGAGGAGAGGUCCGAGGACGUUUCCUGACGUGAACGGAAACCCCGCUCUGCCCUUCCCCGAUGAGAAACGUAUGAACUCGACACAAGCGGACAACACUGAAACCCUUCAACCUCACGUGUCUGUGAAUUUUCUCCUUCAUCCGGGUCAUUCAUGGUUACCCAACGCAGUUGAAUCAAGUGCAACUGCAUAUAUGCAACUGCAUAUAUACCAGGUCCAGUUGCACUUGAUUCAACUCCUUUGGACUUCAACCUCACAACCUCACUGACUGCUGUAACGUCACUGGGUGAAAGACAAAGGAACUGUGAUUAAUGAAAAAAGAAAACAUCAAUGGCAACAAUUAUUGAAUGACCAAGCGAAGCUGUAAGACCGUGGUUUAAAGGACAAUUCCGUUUUUUUACGACCAGGGUCUUAUUGUUGUAGUUUUUGCCAUUGUGCAUAUGGGUUAUGAUGUAGUUGUACUCAUCAGCUUCAUUGUCAAGCGUUUGGACACAGCACCACAGCUGGACUGUUUUACAAUGGCAUCUUAUGGUGCAACUGAACAGGUGUCCAAGUGAAAAUGAAAGUGCAAGUUAAAAGUUAUCAAAUAUUCUGUCAAAUAUUCAGUCACAUUGCUAAGCUACUUUUGGUUCAACUUGCAGGAAUGAGCAGCCUGUACUUGGUGUAGGUUGUAAUAUUCAUCGACCGCCUACCCAGUCAGGGUAAUUCAGAAGUCAUGGAUAAUGGGAAGUCAUGCACACAGUCUAACUGAGGCUGUGGGGGUUUUUGAUGUUGCCGUUUUGGUUGAAAGGACAGGUUUAAGGCUCGUAUUCAGUUGCCCCACCUGUUGUAAGGUGAUGCCUAGCGGAGGUCCUGCAUGCAAAAUCUCCAAAUGAAGCCAGUGAGUAAAUGGUAUCAUAAUCAAUAUGCAUGAUGGCGAUAACUAUGGGAAAGUAAGACCCAAGUUUAAAAACAAAAACACAAACAAACGGAAUAUCCUUGGAUUAUGUUGGACACUACUUUGAUCCUCACUCAGGAUGUUGUGUGUAAUAUCUGCUGGUAUGAACUGACAUCAGUUUAAGACCAGACUAUAAAUAACUAUUUUGUUAGCUGUCACCACUGAGCAAGUAAUUCAUCAUAAAUAAGGGUGCUAGUAGCUCGGUUGAAAUAGGGUUCCUACACACCUUGGAAAACCUGGCAUUCAGAGUUUAGAAGUCUACAUUCCUUGUACAAAAGCACAAGGAAAUGAGAAUUUCUUUAAAAUGUAAU